CUAUUAUUUUUCAAAAUUUUUCCGUCAGUCUUCUUCUUCUUCUUGCUGUCUUCUUCCCUAGUUCCCUUCAGUCGUCUUCUUCACGUCAGAGUCGCCGACCGUUGCUUCUGUCUUUACUGUCGCCGUGCCUCGCCGACCGUCUCCUCUUCCUCCGUCGACAUCUCCUCUUCAGAAUCGCAUAUCCGUCGCCGUCGUCGUCGCAGAUCGUUCGCCGUCGACCGUCGCGACUGUCGCCGAUCGUCUUAGACCCUUCUGCUUCCUCCAGCGACCGUUCCUCUUCCUUCAGCUUCACAGACCCGUUGCCGCCGACCGUCCGUCGCCGUGAGUUGCAGAUCCUUCUCCGUCGCAGUUCCUUCGCCGCCUAUUGAGUCCAGGAUUAUCAAGACCUAAGGAUUCAGUGUAAAUGAAGUAACUUCGUAAAAUCUAACGAGGAUUCAUGGAGUCAACCCAAGGAGGGCUUAGUCAGACUCAAUUCUCUAGUUACCAGUGCUGCUUUCCAUUCUCUAAGGCAGUGGCAGUCUUGGCAGAUGGGUAUUUUAAGCUUAAUUUUAAUGGGGCUGCCAAUUUCCUAGAGUGUUGCGCUAGUGUGGGGGCUUGUGUUCGUGGUUCUCAUUCAUAGUUUUGGCUGUUGUAGCUUCCAUUCCAUUUACCCCUUAUGUUAAUUGCAUUGAAGCCUAUGCGUUAUAUGUGGGUUUGCAUAUCACUUGUGAAAGGGGCCUUACCAAUAUUUUAAUUGAAGGGGACUGUCUAGUGAUUGUGGCUGAUUCGUGGCAUCAAAGGGACCUUAAUUCACUGCAUGGGCUCCAAGCUCUCCAUUCUCGUCUUUCAGUUUUUUCAUUUUGGUUUGUUCAUGUUUGCCUGGUAGGUAAUCGAGUACUCAGAGUUUAGCUUAGAAGGGAUUGUGUCUGUCUGGUUGUUGUGUUUGGCAGGAUGAUUUCUAUCUUGAUAUUCUUUUGCUAGUGUCUUUGGAUAUUUCUUCUUGAUAUUUCUUAAUGCAGCUUCAUUUCAUCUAAACAGACCUAAGUUUUCAUUUAAAAUUUCUUAUUUAUUUUUACUUAUACUGUAGCACCACAAAGUAAACAAACUUGAAUGAAACCUACUCUCUGUCUCAUCCCUCUCUGCCUCCCGCUCUCUUACUCUCAUAUCUCUCAUGGUCUCACCCUCUCUGCCUCUCACCACUCUCUCUAGUUGACGAUCUGCUGAGAUAAAUAGCCUCUCAUGAUCCGCUCAGGUAAAUAGCCUCUCAUAUCCUUUUUCGGCUUCUGGAGAAAAUAUGUCAAGGGGUUUGAUUAGGGCUUAAAAUUUGGGGCAAAUGUGUUGAAUAUGUUUGAUAAAAUGGAGAAUUUGAUAUGGAGAAAAAAGCCCUGUGCAUUGGUUUCUCUAGUUGUCUGAAUCAGUUUGCAAUCUGUGAUGGGGAUUGGCUUGGAUUUGGGUGGGUUCUUUUUGGCAGAUUUUGAAGCUGUUGAUUCCAGUGCUAGGAAUAUUCAUAAUUAUCAAGAUGUUUUCCUUCUUAACCUGACCAGUCUCUAACAAAAUACUGAUAUGGGAACCCACAAUUUUCUAUGGAGUUUUACAAAGAAGUAUGUCACCUUUGGGCUCAUAGCCCUGACUGUUUCAGAUCGUUAUGUAAGUAUUGUUCCCAUCCGAGGUGUCUCAAUGUCGCCCACACUCAAUCCCCACGGCAGCUCUUCUAUUAGAUUGGCUGAUGACUUUGUUUUGGUGGAGAAAUUUUGCCUUGAAAAGUACAAGUUCUCACAUGGUGAUGUGGUAGUUUUCCGCUCGCCAAGUGACCACAGGGAGAAACAUAUAAAGAGAAUAACUGCCUUGCCAGGCGACUGGAUCACAAGCCAUUAUUCCCAUGAUAUUCUUAGGGUUCCAGAAGGCCAUUGUUGGGUUGAGGGAGACAAUUCCACUUCUAGCUUGGAUUCAAGAUCUUUUGGCCCUAUUCCAUUGGGAUUGGUUCAGGGGAGAGUUACCCACAUUAUCUGGCCUCCCCAGAGAGUUGGUAGAGUCGAGAGAAGAAUUCCUCAGGGUGGAGUUUCCUUCUAAAUUUAUUUCAACAUCAGGUUCUCCACUUCCCGUAGAAAACAGAAUUUUAAUUCGAUUAUUUUUUGUUGGAUGCACCAUUUUAGAAAGCAGUCAGAUUAUAUAUUUGAAUUGUUGGGGGGGCAUUUCAAGAUCUUCCGCAAGUGUACUAAACAUUCGAUUUCCUUUGGUGUAACAACUUCAGAAUAAUCUUACGGACUGCAUUGUUGGACCCUGCUUCUAGGCC